GAAACUAUUGCCCCUUUGGCUUUCCGUAGUACGGAAGCCACCAAGGAGUUAUCCUAUUAUAUUUACCGUAAGGUGUCAGGGAUUACAACAUGGCAGACGGAGUAGCCUACAACUUUUAAUAGAAUGAAAAUUAUAUUUUACUAAACGGCCCGUUAAAAGUAUGGCAGAAGGAUACAGUGAAGCUUUUGAGGUAUUAGAGGGUGGUAGUGAAUUAAAACUAGAAACAAGUCCGACACCUACUAAUAGUGGUAGAUUCAGUUUUUCACGUACAAGUAGUACUGGUUCUAAUGCUGCCGGUUGUGCCUCUUCAGCAUCAUCUGCUCAAAAUACAGAUGAUGAAGACAGUGAUAAACCAGCCAUGUCAUAUAAAGAUAAAAGACGUGAAGCUCAUACUGUAGCUGAACAGAAAAGACGUGAUAAUAUUAAGAGAGGAUAUGAUGAGCUGCAGUGUAUUGUACCAACUUGUCAUCAAGCAGAUGGUUUGAGUGGACAGAAAAUGAGUAAAGCUAAUGUUUUACAGAGAUCCAUUGAAUACAUGCAGUAUUUAGUAAAACAAAAGUCAAAGCAAGAAGAUGAUUUGGAUUCUCUAAGAAAAGAAGUAAUGGCAUUAAAGAUCAUGAAAGCAAACUAUGAGCAUAUUGUUAAAACUCACCAAAAUACACCUGUUCACGGUCAAAAUCAGGUUCCUGAUGAGGUUAAGUUUCAAGUGUUUCAACAAGUUAUGGAUACGUUGUUCCAAUCAUUUAAUGCUAAUAUAUCUGUAGCUAAUUUUGCUGAACUAUCAGCUUGUGUCUUCAGUUGGCUUGAAGAAUACUGUAAACCCAAGAGUUUGCAGGAAGUGGUACUUGGUAUUUUGCGACAACUGAACACAACAUUAAAUCAUUGAUGAAACCAGUUUUGUUUUAGUAUCAGUAUCAUACGUUAUCGAUUAUUGUUUUGUACUGUAAAAAGAGGUUGUUAGUCCAAACAGAAUAUUUGUUGUUCUUUAACAAAAGGUCAGAAAAUGAAGAAUAUGAUUACAUGUAUAUAUAGCUAAAUGUGUAGAAAAUAUUUUUUUGACGCUUUGUCAUUAUUGGCUAAACCUCACCCUUUUUGGCUUUAUUGUAUAUAAAGUAUAUUUUUGUUACAAUUUUGUAAUAUGUUCAUCACUGCUUUAACAAAUCGUUGGCAAAUGUUGCGUUGAAAAUUGAUUCUAAAAAUGUCUUGUGAAAAAGUUUUCAUGAUAAUCCUAUAUGAAAGCUACUUAUAUAUCCUAACUUUCUUUGAAUUUCUUGUCAGAUGGUUCAAUGUUAUUAUAACAUGAAUAUUAUCAUUUUAAAAGCUGCCUCUGAUGUUUUGAUAUCUCUUUAUUGUCGAUUUGAUCAUGUUAAUGUAUAUCUCUUAUGAUUAUACAUCUUGUUUAUGCUUUGCCUGCUUUUGUAAUUAUAUUAUAGACAGUUAUAGAGAAAUUAUCAGUUUUCACAAGCAAAUAUAUCAUAUAAUUUAAUACAAAUUAAACUGAUAUUAAUUUGAACGCUCGCCAUCUUAAAGCAGAAGACCAAAUUUUGAAGGAACAUCUGCUGAAUCACUAUGUUGAUGACUCAUACCGUAUUUUUCGGUGUAUUAGGCGCACUUUUUUUACCAGAUAUUUUUAUUUAUAAAAGGUGUUUGCCUAAUACAUAGUAUUAAGGAAAUCUAGGCUUUUCUCUGUGUCAACUUCGAAGUCUGAAGUUGAUGAUGUCGACAUUUUUUGUGCGAUAAAGAUGGCAGCCAUUUCAGCUACUGCUAUUUGUAUACUGUUAGCCAUAAAUAACAAUGUUGUUAACACCAUAUGCCGAAGGGGGGUUGGAUGGCUGAAUGGUUAGCGUGCGCGCGCUGUAUCAUAAAGUCUGUCAUUGAGUCGACUGGUGUGGUUUCGAAUCCCCGGUUGUACGUGAUAAGGAGUAGGGUCGCCUGUCCAACCUCGUGGGUUUUCUCCGGGUCCUCCGGUUUCCUCCCACUGCUAAAGACCCCUAUGCGCAAGCGAAUUAUUGAAAUAAAAUUAUACCAUAUGUUAGUCCCGAAAUGACCUAGUUUGUGUCGAGUGGACGUUAAACCCAUUUCUCUCUCUCUCUCUCUCCAUAUGCCGAUUCAUCGUUAAUGGUGUUUAAAAUAUAUGCAAAGUUAUCAUUAAUAUUUCUGUUAUCCCUACGUAAUUGAUGACAUAUAUUUCUGCUAUUCCAUAUAAUGUGUACCAGUGUUAGCCAUUACAGGCAAUCCAAACAGUGUCCCGUUCAAUGGUGUUGUCAGUUGCAGGUGGAUUUAAGUCACGUAUGGUAUGGCACAUGUUUCACAAGGUGCUGGAGAAGGGUGUGCUUAAACCAUGCACUUUUAUUUUUUCCCGAAACACUCUGCUAAAUUUGCCCUGCGCCUUAUACCCCGAAAAAUACUGAAUUUUAAGAUACAUGUAUGUAUGUAUAGCUUAGUAAUGAAAUUGCAGGCCUGAUAUAAAUUUUGCAAAAAAUCUAAUUUUUGAUAACCCUGGUGUAAUUCUUUAGUCAAAUCACAGAAAAUCAAAAAUUACCUUUUGGUUGACCAGUCAAGAUCCCCAAACUCUUAUAAAUGCCUCUUAAAGUGCAUAUGUUCACUUUCUAUAGUAUUCAUUUAUAUCAGAUACUUUUAUCCCUAAAUAUGAUGUUAGAUAUAAUUUCAUUCUUUGUGUUCUACUAUUAUAAGAUCAUCUCCCAAAACCAAUUCGAUGGUAAUUACAAUAUUGCUUUUAUUUAACUCUUGCCAUUACCAAUAAUUCAUUAAAAAUUGUUUUAUAUAUUAUAUUUUAUAAUAUUAAUCAUGUCAUACACCUUAUGUUUACCUAUAGAUAUUAAUAAUAUCUGUAUUACCAUUAUUCAUUGUAAUAAUUAUAAUUUGGAAACAGUAUUUUCUCUUAUAAAAUAUAGUAAACUGUCAUAUUUGUUUUUGGAGUUCUAAACUAAUAAAUGAUUAACCCAGUCAAA